UUCUGUGAACACAACAAGCUGUGAUUAUAGUUGGAAAGUCAUCCUUAACGUUUUCAUUGCUACCGAACUAUGAUCUUUAACCUAAGCAAAAAGGCACUACUGCUGGUAUCGGUUCUGGCAUUGGUUGUCCUCGCGGCAAUAACCUUGGGAUUGGUUUUCGGCCUUCAAUCGGAUGGCAGACAGUUCGUACCAGAAGUCCCACUGUCCGGGGCUGCCGUUGCUUCCAACGGACCGGAAUGUGCCGCUAUCGGAGCGGAAAUUUUACGAAAAAAUGGUUCCGCCGUUGAUGCGGCAAUUGCCACCAUGGUGUGCGAAGAGGUAGCCUGUCCGCAGAGUACCGGAAUCGGCGGUGGUUUCCUGGCAACGAUCUAUGAUCGAGCCACUCGGACAGUGAUCUCACUGGAUGCUCGUGAAAUGGCUCCUCAGGCGGCGACGGAAGAAAUGUUUGUCGACAAUGGACAGGCAGCGGUUGAGGGUGGACUCGCGGUGGCCACUCCCGGAGUUAUUCGUGGCUUUUGGGAAAUGCAUCAGCGUUACGGAAGCCUGGAAUGGAAGGAACUGUUUGAACCGACAAUCGAGUUAUGCCGGAAGGGGGUCGUUGUGUCCGACUUCAUGGCCUCGGCCAUGCAAUCGGAACGCGAUCGGCUUCGGUCGAUUCCGUCACUGCGGGAAGUAUUCGUUAAUCCGGCGACGGAUGAUGUCUGGCAGAAGGGAGAUUUACUCAAGCGAGAUGUAUUCGCGGAAACGUUGGAAAUCAUCGCCAAUGAGAAGGUGGACUCGCUGCACGGGAAAACGGGAUCUUUGCUCCCGAAACUGAUGGCCGAUCUGCGAGAAUUUGGCAGUAUUAUUACGGAGGAGGACUUCUACAAUUAUAAACCACGUUGGCUACCGGCAGCUUCUACGACGAUCCGUCAGAACUACAGCGUGUACAGCAUGCCACUUCCGGGUAGCGGCACCAUUGGAAUCUAUAUUCUCAAUCUGUUGGAUGGCUACGAUGAUCUGGAUCCGGAAGAUCCACUCACGUGGCACCGAGUAGUGGAAAGUUUUAAGCAUGCCUAUGGAGUCCGAACUCGAGUGGGGGAUCCAGAUUUCGUGUCGGGAAUUGAGUUCCUGAUUCGAAAUCUUACCAGUAAACCGUACGCGGACGAUGUGCGAACAAAAAUCGACGAUAACCGGACGUUCACGGAUUACGAAUAUUACGGGGCGGAGUUUGCAGAACAAGAAGAUCACGGAACGGCGCACGUUUCCGUGCUAGCAUCCAAUGGAGAUGCGGUGGCAAUUACUGGCACCAUCAAUACUUUUUUCGGCUGUAAACGGCGAUCUCCGUCGACUGGAAUUAUUUUGAACAACAUCAUGGAUGACUUCUCAACACCGGGGGUAAUCAACUCGUUCGAUGUUCCCGCUUCGCCAGCGAACUUCGUGGCACCGGGGAAGCGGCCACUGUCUUCGAUGACUCCCACGAUCGUGGUCGACAGCCAGGGUGACGUCCGGAUGGUGGUGGGAUCUUCCGGUGGAACACGAAUUACAACGUCUACGAUGUUGAUGGUACUUCGUGGUAUUUUCUUCGGACAGGAUCUUAACACGAUGAUGCUGGCACCGCGAUUGCACCAUCAGUUGGCUCCUCUGAGGAUUGACUUGGAGAAAAGUUUCGGUUCAACGGUGGUGGAUGCGCUUCUGGAGCGAGGUCAUGUCGUACGGGAGGUGUCCGGAAUUGCUAGUAUCGUGGCGAUUGUCAGAGAACGAAACAAUAGUAUAAGCGCUGCCUACGACCCGAACCGGGGUGGUAGUUUUGAGAUAAUACCUUAGCGAUGGGAGAUGCUUUUUCUUUGAUCCGAAUUCCUAUGGGCA